AUGGCAACCAAGUUCAGGCUCAACACCGGUGCAGAGAUCCCCGCUGUCGGAUUCGGUACCUGGCAGGACGCCGAUGCCCAGGAGAAUGCCGUGCUCGAAGCGAUCAAGGCCGGAUAUCGCCACAUUGACACAGCCAGAGUAUACGGCACCGAGAAGGCCGUCGGCCAAGCCAUCAAGAAGAGCGGCGUGCCCCGCGAGGAGCUCUUCGUCACCACCAAGCUCUGGAACAACAAGCACCACCCCGACGAUGUCCCCCAGGCCCUGCAGGACUCGCUCAACGACCUACAGCUGGACUACAUUGAUCUAUUCCUGAUGCACUGGCCCGUUGCCUGGAAGCGUGGUGAUGAGCUGUUCCCCAAGAAGAACGACAAGCCGGUUGUCGAGAACAUUGACUACGUCGACACAUACAAAGCGAUGGAGAAGCUCCUAUCAACCGGCAAGGUGAAGGCGAUCGGCGUGUCCAACUUCGCCAAGGUCGAGAUGGAGCGCCUGCUCAAGGAGGCCUCCGUGGUUCCCGCCGUGCACCAGCUCGAAUGCCACCCCUGGCUGCAGCAGCCCGACUUCGACGAAUGCCACAAGUCCAAGGGCAUCCACAUCACCCACUACUCGCCCUUCGGCAACCAGAACGAGCUCUACUCGAAGGAGGGCACCAUCGGCAAGCUGAUCGAGGACCCCGUGUUGGUGGACAUCGGCAAGAAGUACAACAAGAGCGGCGCGCAGGUUGCACUGGCCUGGGGUGUCACACAAGGCCACUCCGUCCUCCCCAAGUCCAAGACCCCGUCCAGAAUCCAGGCCAACCUGGAAGGCGACUUCAAGUUGAGCGACGAGGACAUGCAGAAGAUCCGCCGCAUCGACCGCAAGCUCCGCUUCAACGACAGUAGCGAGAGCUUCGGCAAGAACUUCUUCUCCGACUUGGACGGCAAGAAAUAA